UGCGUGGCAUGUGAUCGAGGCAAAUAUCAACCAAGUACGGGUCAGUCCGGCUGUGGUAACUGUCCCACUGGACAGUAUGCCGAUCAGACGGCGCAGUCGGCAUGCAAAAUCUGUGGCAAGGGCACCUAUCAGGGCAGCACGGGUCAAACAUUUUGCUACAACUGCGACCCUGGCAAGUAUCAAGGCUCAACGGGUGCCUCGAGUUGUAUCAACUGUGCCACGGGCACCGUGGCGCCCUCGGCCAAGGCCUAUGCCUGCUCUGCCUGCAAUACGGGCAAGUAUUGGGUCAGCACGACAACUUGUACCGAUUGCCCACAACGUGAAUACCAGGAUCAAACCGGCCAGACCUCUUGCAAAGACUGUUCAGUGGGCUACUACAAUGAUGAUUUGGGCCAAGCCACGUGCAAAGCCUGUCCCGCUGGCAAGUACCAAGCCUUGACUCGGCAGCUCAACUGCAACAACUGCCAGGUAGCCAAGUACCAGAACCAGCCCGGCAAAUCGUCCUGCAAGGUCAGUCAUUAA